AAAUGACAACACCUUCCAAUAAUAUACGUACGUGUUGUUUUCCCUUAAAAAAAAAAAAGAAAGAAAAUUCUGCAAAAUAUUAUAAUUCAGUUAUUUUACGAUAAUCAUAAAAAUAUUGUAAACUCAGAAAAUAUUUACCCAAGAUUUUCGAUACUGUUUAGAUAUUUUCUAGAUCCGAUUCAAACAAAUCUCGUGGUUACACUAGAUAUAAAUACUCGUGAUAUAUUUUCCUAUAGGAUGGAUUAAAUCAAAACCCUCUCUCUAAUCAUUUUUUUUCUUCUCCUCUCUGGAAAAGUAAAAAGCUUAAGACAAUGAUGAGCUCAGAAACAUUCGAAGAGAGGAUGAAAUUAAUGUAUCCCAAUAUGACACCAGAAGAGAUAGCACAACAGAAAAAGAACGUGGAAGGAUGCAUCGGCUUCCUUCUUGUUGUCAUAUGUUUCCUCAUAUUAUACUCUUUCGUUUCAUCUGCAUCAACAACACCCAACCAUAACCUUCUCGAGAUCAAAAUAGUUUCUAUGGAUUUCACGGCCGAGCCUAAUAAUAAUAACAAGAAUAGCACACAACAAAGUCAUUAUCUUCCUCUAGUUAGUGCUAGAUGGGAUUUAUUGAUAAGAGUCCCGGGAGAACUUGUUGGUAAUGAUAUAUGUCUUCAAGGAAACCUCCAAGCUUCUUUCCUUUACAAGAAUGUCACUCUUGUUACUUCCUCUCUCCACAGUUACAACGAACUCGAGCUAGGAGCGCCUCAGCUUCUUACCGUUUCUGCAGUUGCUACUGGAGAAGAUUUGAGCGGCGCGAUUGGGAAAGAGAUUAUGGAGGCUAUCAAAGAGAGGAAUGAAGUGCAGUUUGGAUCGCAGUUGUCUCUAACAGACUGUAGAGAGGAGACAAAGAAAGGAACGGUGAGCUAUGAAUGCGAUGAAGCUAAGUUGCGGUUUGAUCAUCUAGGCUCUGAUCAGAUUAGGGCCACUGCGUAUGGAGACCACCCUACCUGCAUCAUUAAAGAAUAAGAAGUUUGUAUCAAGCACCCGAUUGCGUUUGGGGACCACCGUACUUUGUUAGUCCUUUAUCUUUAAUUAUGUGUUAUCGGUGUUGGGUUUUAGUUACUAGAAAAGUUUGCUGGCAAAAAAAUCAUUUAAUAAAAUCAUAAGUUUUAUUCUUUUGUUUAAUA